GCCAAUUCCACCCCAAUCCCAGACAAUGCUCCUCCACGGCCUUCUGUUGGCCCUCCAGGCCAUUCUAGCCUCCUCAGCAGCCAUAACCUCCCCAUCUUCAAACCAUCUCUCAACGGCAGCUCGUGAGAAAUGCCAAACAACCCUCCAAUGCCCCCCCGGCACCCUCAUCGUCUCCAACACCCACCCCCAACUCUCCAACUUCACCACCCUCCAAGCAGCCAUCAACGCCCUCCCCAACGACAACUCCUCCCAAACCAUCCUCCUCCUCUCCGGCACCUACAAUGAACAAGUCAACAUCACCCGCUCCGGCCCCAUCACCCUCCUGGGCCAGCAGCCAGACCGCGCAGCCCUAACCGACCCUGCCCGCAACACCGUCAACCUCACCUUCGCCGGCGCCAACAGCGACAGCACCGGCGACAUCGACAACGUCUGGUUCAGCGUCAUGGUCGUUGCCCCGACCCUGGACGCGAGUCUCACCGGCUCCGGCACAACAGGAUAUCCAGUGCCAGCGGAUACCCCGUUCGGGAACACUGAUUUCCGCGUGUACAAUAUCGACUUCCGCAAUACCUAUGCGCCGUACUCUGCUGGUCCGGCGCAUGCUAUUAGCUUCAGUCGCUCCAAUGGAGGGUUCUACUACUGCGGGUUCUACUCUUACCAAGAUACUAUCUACAUCGGCAAACUCGGCUCCGCAUACAUGUACAAAUCCAUUCUCGCGGGCCAAACCGACUUCCUAUACGGCUUCGGCACGCUCUUCAUCCAAUCAUCCCAGAUCGUCCUCCGCUCAUGCGGCGGCGGCAUCACCGCCUGGAAGGGCACCAACACAACAGUCCGGAACAACUACGGCGUAUACAUCCACGACUCGACCGUAAACGCAGCGAACACCUCCAUCGCAGAGCAAAUCAAGGGAUCCUGCGCCCUAGGAAGACCGUGGAACUCACUGCACCGAUCCAUCUUCGCGAACACGUACGAAGACGGAAGCAUCGAGCCAUCGGGAUACAUUAACUGGGAGGAUCGGUGGAGUCAGAACGAGACGUUGAUGGCGGAAAAUAAGGCGUAUGGGCCAGGAUUCAACCUCACAGGGAGGAGAGAGAGCGAAGUGUCAGUGUUAUUGAGUAGCAGCGAGGAGGAGAGGUAUCGGGAUCCGAGCAGGGUGUUCUUGUUUGAGGAUGGAAGGGAGGGCAAUGUGGCGUGGAUUGAUUGGGAUGUGGUCUCCUCCUGAUAAUCUCAGUCUUCUUCCCUUGAAUCAGUAGUUAUGUACAUAAAACACACAAGUCAAUCAAUCACCCCUUCUGAACAAGAUCAUCCAGUUUCCCGGAAAUGGCUAAAUACGCCGCUCCCGUAUCAGCCCAAACCCUAUACUCCUGUACUUUCCACUCUCCAUCAGAGUCUUCUUCUUCUCCUCCAUCUUGUGCAAUCGCCAAUCUAUACACAAAUCCCUCGUCCCAGCCCAUUUCUGUGCGUUUGGCAAUGAAUCUCGCCCAUCCUCGUACACAAACACAUCCUUUCUCCUCGUCGAUCACCCAAUCCUGCUCGUCCUCGAAUCUCAUCCCUUCGUAGCGUAGCGCAGAGCCCAUCGUCUCGAAGUAGCGUUUCACUCCGUCUUGGCCGGUGAAGUCGCGGCCUAGGAAGGGGGCGAGCUGGGGGAGGCCGGCUUCGUGGAUUAAUGGGGGUGUGGAGGGGGAGGAGGUGAAUUGGGCGAGGAUCGUGGAUAACGGGGGAGGGGGCGAUUGGGUGAGGGUUUUGAGGAAGGUGUGUGUUGUUUGUUUGAGGAUUCUCUUGUCUGGCGGCAUUUUGG